AAGCGCCGCCCCCUCCGCCUCAGUCUCUCUCUUUCCACCGCCAUCUUGAAGCCGGCUCCCCGCACAAAAUGCCUGGUGAAGCGACAGAAACCGUCCCAGCCACAGAGCAGGAACUGCCACAGCCUCAGGCUGAGACAGCUCCUGCUGUCCCUGCCCCUCCUGCCGGUGCUCCUGCAGCGCCCGCAGCCGCUGUUUCUGAGCCUCCUGUUCAAGUGUCAGGGUCCGGCACAGAAUCCGACAGUGACGAAUCGGUGCCAGAACUCGAAGAACAAGACUCUACACAGGCCACCACACAGCAGGCACAGCUCGCAGCAGCAGCUGAAAUAGAUGAAGAACCAGUUAGCAAAGCAAAACAGAGCCGGAGUGAAAAGAAAGCACGAAAGGCAAUGUCCAAACUGGGCCUUCGCCAGGUCACAGGUGUAACCCGAGUCACCAUCCGGAAAUCCAAGAACAUCCUCUUCGUCAUCACGAAGCCAGACGUGUACAAAAGCCCCGCAUCAGACACCUACAUCGUCUUCGGCGAGGCAAAGAUCGAAGAUCUGUCCCAGCAGGCGCAGCUGGCAGCUGCCGAGAAAUUCAAAGUGCAAGGAGAAGCCGUCUCAAACAUUCAGGAAAACACACAGACUCCCACCGUACAGGAGGAGAGCGAAGAAGAGGAGGUUGACGAGACCGGCGUUGAGGUGAAGGACAUCGAGCUGGUCAUGUCCCAGGCGAACGUGUCCCGGGCGAAGGCUGUCCGGGCCCUGAAGAACAACAGUAACGAUAUUGUAAACGCUAUUAUGGAAUUGACGAUGUAGCCAUCAGAAGGGAGGAACCUUUUGGUUUUUCAGAGAAGAGUAAAAUGCAGCUAAAUUUAACAUUUGUACUAUUUCUAUCGAUAAAUAAAAGUUGUGGCUUAUUGUCGG